AUGUGGGUUGGCCAUUAUCAUGAGUGUCAUGCACCAAUUUCACCGGCUCAGAUUGCCAUUUACUGUCAUUCAAUAUUGAAGCAUAUAAAUAGAACUGUGGUUGGAUCUGGUUGUUCACGACAUACUGCUCUUCACUCUCAAUAUAAUCGUUUACCCAGUUUUAUUCAGUUCCAGACAGCCGCUUUCUCCAACAUGAGUGUCUUUUAUCAGGAAGAGCAACCCCGUCAAUCCAAGAGAUGCAAGUUCCUAGCUACAGUUCUGAAGGAAGCAUUUUCCAAUUGCCGUACAUUCAAUGGACGGCGUUCUGAUUCAGGUCUAGAGGAAGAAUAUUCAACAAGCGACAUCAAUGAUGUAUCCCAAGAAGUUGUUUCCGAAAUUCGAAGUCGAGCAAUGGAGAAGAUGAAGCACAGGCCGAGUCUAGUAGCAGAAAGCUUUUCAUGGGUAUUAUCUCCAUCAAAGCAGGCCAAAGGACGAGACAAAGAUGAAAGAGAAGAUGAAGCAGAUGAAUUCUUUUCUAUUGGGAGUUGUUUCUCCUUGUGUCCGAGUGCUGCUAGUCGGGAAGCAUUUCUAUCGGCUAACACGGAUUUUUCCCGUUCUUCGAGCAUAAACAAAAUCGAUUUCCCGGAGAUAUGGAAAUUCGAUUUCCGAGAUUUUAGCAGGCGAUCAAUCAUUCACGAACUGUGUCAUUGUGAAGGGUGGCCAUUUGGGUUAUGCAAGAAGACUGUGUUACUCCCGCCUCUGCCUAAAUCCCCUUCCGAGUCUUGGUCUUGGCGUAAAGGCACCAAAUUGAGAUGCUAAGUCGCCAUAUUGUCUAAUUAUACUUGACAUUGUUGAGCACUGUUGAAUCCAAUGAAAGCAGCCAUAUAACAAUCAGAAUUUACACAGUUUAACCAACAAUGAGUGCUGUUGUCCAACACUAUAAAUGCAGCACAGAGAUUCAUCUGCUGAUUCCUGACGAUGGAUUGAAAAUGGUUACUGCAGACUGUAUGAUCUAAACAGGUUAAUUUUAGCCUAGGAUGUUAAUCACGGAUCAGGCAAGAAUGAACAAAUAGCAUAGUGCAGAUUCUCACAUCUUAUUCACAGAAUGGAAAAGUUACCUCACUUCUAA